AAUUUUUUCUUAGUUAUUCCAGGCCAUCGAUGGUGGGAUCUUCAGGGGGCCAUAUUUCAAAACAAAGCUAAGUCCAUUUGGCUCCGACCGUGAGAAAGAGAGCUCUCGCCGAUAUUCUUCUUUCUGCUGAAGAAAUCAUCGCCGAUUGAGCAUUAAAUCGCUCGCACACAAAAUUUUCGGCAAAGCCAAAGAAAUGGAUGUUAUAAAAUCGCAGCAAAUAUCGGCACGGCCAAUCGACAAGGCGGUAGUGCAUCCGCUAGUGCUGCUGAGCAUCGUCGACCACUACAACCGUGUUGCACGCGACAGCAAGAAGCGCGUUGUUGGUGUUCUUCUUGGAACUUCCUUCAAGGGCACCGUUGACGUCACCAACAGCUAUGCCGUGCCUUUCGAAGAAGAUGACAAGGACCCAAGCAUCUGGUUUCUUGACCACAACUACCACGAAUCAAUGUUUUCCAUGUUCAGAAGAAUAAAUGCCAAGGAGCACGUUAUUGGUUGGUACAGCUCUGGUCCAAAACUUCGGGAAAAUGAUCUAAAUAUACAUGCGCUUUUCAAUGACUAUGUCCCCACCCCUGUUUUGGUUAUUAUAGAUGUACAGCCAAAAGAGCUUGGAAUACCUACUAAAGCCUAUUAUGCUAUCGAGGAGGUUAAAGAGAAUGCAACUCAAAAAAGCCAGAAGGUAUUUGUGCAUGUUCCCUCAGAAAUUGCUGCUCACGAAGUUGAAGAGAUAGGGGUUGAACACUUGUUGAGAGAUGUGAAGGAUACAACAAUCAGCACGCUUGCAACAGAGGUGAGUGGGAAGCUUACAGCUUUGAAGGGCUUGGAUGCACGAUUGAAAGAGAUCUGCAGCUACCUUGACCUUAUUAUUGAAGGGAAGCUUCCAUUAAACCAUGAGAUUCUCUACCAUUUACAGGAUGUGUUUAAUCUACUUCCAAAUCUCAAUGUGUCUGAAUUAAUUAAAGCUUUUGCAGUGAAAACAAACGAUAUGAUGUUGGUCAUAUAUCUUUCAUCCCUUAUCCGAAGUGUGAUUGCUCUUCAUAACUUGAUCAACAAUAAGAUGCUUAACAAAGAACACGAAAAGGCAGAAGAUGCAAAGCCUAUUGCUGUGUCUACUGCUGCUGGAAGCUAAGCAUGAAAAUUUUCUGUUGAGGCUUUGCUUUUCUGGGGGAAUUCCAAUGCAAUGUUACCUUGGAAUCCAGACUUCACAUUUUGAUGUUACAAGUCAAUGCGCUCGCUUAGUUCAGGCUGGGCUUAGAUUUUCUUGAUAGUCAUUCGAUACGAUUUUAUGAACUUCUCAAAUAGUCAGUUGUGACCUGGAACAUGUAUUAAUAGAGAAAAUAUCACAUUUUUUUUUACUUGAAUAGGGAUUUGUGUUGUUUGUUCUCUUGAAUUAAAUUUUAACCAAAGACGAGAGAUAUUUGAAUAGAGGGAAUGGUUUCAAUUUGA